CAGCAGCGUAGUCCGUGUGCUGCAGCCUGUUCUUAUCCACACACCCUCACUGAACACGUUUUCUUCUCUCUCUCUCUCUACAUUUGUUCUUCUUCUACAUCGGGUCCAGCCAGCCUGGAAGAGCCAGAAUGGAAAAGAAAACAAAUAAGUCAGAGCCAGAAAAGGGGGACAUGGUUGCAUUCCCUCGAGGACCUUCUGGCGUGGUAUUCAAACACUAUGGGAUUGCUGAUGGAGCAGGAAAUGUGAUUCAUUUUGCACCUGACCAAGGAUUCUCUGAAGGGACCUACAAGAAAGAGUCCAUCAAGGAUGUGGCCACACACGACUACUAUGUUGAUAAUAGUCAAGAUAACAAGAAAAAUCCUCUGCCUCCUGAAAGGAUUCUGAAAGAUGCUGAAGCCAAGAUCGGGACACAAGCUCACUAUGAUCUAAGUAAUUUUAACUGUGAAAUAGCCGCAUCUGAGCUGAGGUAUGGAAAAGGCCAUGGUAGCUCUACACAGGUUGAACAAUCAAUGUUGGGGAAAGAUAAAUAUGAUCACAUGUAUGAUUUACAAGAUCAGUUUGGAACAGGCACAGGCAUACAAAGGUUUACAUAGUGUGAUUUACCAGGAGAGUAUUGAAGUUUUCAAGGAAUACAAAAUUUGCUGCAAUUUCGAAAGCAAGCUUUAAACUAUGCUAGCAACCUUUUUCUGUUUGCCCAGGAACAGACAAGCGAGACUCGCAAACUUAUGUCAAACUCACAAAAUAUUUUCCAUAAGAAAAAACUGAGCAAUGAGUGGUCCUGUAAUUUUUGUGAACAGAAAUUAACUACAUAAUUACUAGAGUAAGUUUGAACCUAAAGUGUUCUUUCUUAAAUCUAAAUAUGCUUUCAUCAAUGGAUCACUUAUAUACAGUUAGCAUUUUUACUUUUAGUUUUUAUUGUUUUCUGAAUUUUGUAUGCAGGCUUUUGUGUGUAAACUCAUUCAUAAAGUCUGUAAACAUUUAUAUCUGCAAUGUCAACUGCAUGUGGAAUGAGGAUUUUUAUUUAAAGUGAAUAAAGAUUGGUGUGUA